AAUCGAAUAAGCUCUCAACGUGCAUUAGGCAUUGAGUUUUAAUAUAUCUUUGGUCGGAACCUUUCUCCCGCGUGUGCUUUGUUUCAAGUGUUCAAAUCAAAGUUGAACCCCACUACAUUCGGAUUUAAUGGGAAUUUCAUUUCCUCCCUGCCUUACCAUAAGAUUAAAAGGAUGACAGUUAAAUGGUGACUAUUCAAAUUGGCUUUUUGUCCGCCUUGAAGGCGUACAUUACAUGUCGCCGACACGGAAGCAAAUAUUGCCUCCAGGCGAAGAAUUCGCGGGCAGCUUAGCUAAUGCUACAUGCCACAGCUGCACUCUACGUGUCCAGAGGCGAAAAGAGAGCCGAGCCUAGCUAAUGCUACAUGCUAAUGCUACACUCUACGUGUCCAGAGGCGAAGAUAGCCGAGCCUAGCUAAUGCUACGUGCUAAAGCUACACUCUACGUGUCCAGGAGCGAAAAGAAGACAAGCCGAGGAGAAGAUCCCAUCCCGACAUGGGGUUUUCCUUGUAUUCUAGUCCGUCAAAUGAGAAAACAUGUUCAGAAUGGCGCCCAUGAAAGACUCAGGCGGCAUUUUGUGUUGUUUUGGGGAAAAGUGAACUUUUAAGAAGCAUGACCAUGUUUUCAUCGCGGAGGAAACCUGUGCUGUACUUUAAGGAGGAGAGAAGGAUUGCAUGGCGGCGCUGUUCCAUGUACAAGUUGUUUGGAGUUUUGCUGCUGCUGCUGUUGGCAUCGCUGCUGUGGCUCCAGCUCAGCUGUUCAUCCGACAUGGCCGCAUCUUCCUCCUCGUCCUCCUCUUCAAGGUGGGACGGGCGCUUCCCUCAGCAGCCACCCCCGCCUUGCCGACCCGAAAGAGGACAAGAGGCGUCGUGGGGGCCCCACAAGCUGGCACUGGUGGUGCCCUUUCGGGAACGCUUUGAGGAGCUGCUGGUCUUUGUGCCCUUCAUGCACGCAUUCCUCAACCAGAAGAAAAUAGCGCACCAGAUCCUCGUCAUCAACCAGCUGGACCGCUACAGGUUCAACCGAGCGUCCCUGAUCAACGUGGGCUACCUGGAAAGCGCCAACGACACGGACUACCUGGCCAUGCACGACGUGGACCUGCUGCCCCUCAACGACGCUCUGGACUACAGCUUCCCUGCCGACGGGCCCUUUCACGUGGCCUCCCCUGACCUGCACCCCAUCUACCAUUACAAGAGAUAUGUGGGCGGGAUCCUGCUGCUCACCAAGAAGCAUUACAAAAUGUGUAACGGGAUGUCCAAUCGUUUCUGGGGGUGGGGUCGCGAGGACGACGAGUUCUACCGCCGUCUGAGGAAGGCCAAUUUGCAGCUCUUCCGGCCCAGCGGAAUCACCACGGGCAACAAAACCUUCCUGCACAUGCACGACCCGGCCUGGCGCAAGCGGGACACCAAGAGGGUGGCGGAACAGAAGCAGGCGCAGUUCCAAGUGGAUCCAGAAGGGGGCCUCAGCAACCUGCGCUACCACGUGGAGUCCCGACAGGAGCUGACUAUAGGGGGCGCUCCCUGCACAGUCAUCAACACCGUGUUAGACUGCCAGCAAGAUGAGACACCAUGGUGCGUCUAUGCUUAGACGCCUUUUAUUUUGAAAGCGCUCCUAAAUUAGGAAGAGGGCGGCCAUUUUGCACAGGGGGAAGUGAGUGUCUUCCAUCUUUUUCAUCUGCAAACUUUUAUCGGACUUUCUAGCAUCUCGCGUACCCGUUUGCAAGCCGUUUGUAUCAGUAUUAAUUUAUCGGCUGCUACCGAUGGCGACAGACGUCCAAUCCGUCCAUUCAUUUCCCGUCGGCCCUCCCACGUCAAAUGGAUGGGACGUCUACUAGUGUCAAACUCAUUUCACUUCACAGUAGGAUGAUUGGACGCCACGUGAUCAGACGUCUAUCGGCGUGAACGCCUCUAUGAACAAUGUUUCUCCGGCAGUCAGUCUUAUUUAUUUGUUCAUGUAGUUUUUACGUCAGUUUUUAUCGCGGAACGCUACGGACGGACGUCUUGAUGAUGAAAAUAAUAAUCAUGAAAAGCUUGGUCAUCCAUUUCGUCAGAAAUAAAACCAUUCCAAUGUAACGAGCCCUUUGAUUUAUUCCUUCUACUGCUUCUAUUCUUCAUAAGUUGACUAUUAGUCGUAUCUUUAACUAGUGUGAUGUCUGAGAGUGACCUUGUUUUCUCUUAUUGAUCAUCUACUGAUGUUUGACACAAAGUUAGUGCCCUCCUAAGUCCGCAAGCGAUUUUAAUUGACCAUUUUUUUCUUUUAAAGCGACUAGUGAUGUCUAAAAGUGACCAGGUUUUUUAUGAUUGUCUAGUGAUGUCUUAAGUCUAAAAACAGUUUCACAAUGACCAAGAUUUAAGUCGACUUAUUACGUCUUGAUGGAGUUCAAGUCUUUAUGAUCGUCUAGUAAUGUCUGACAGUGACCUGGUGACCUCAUAAGUCAAGCAAUUCUUAUCAGUUUUCAUUUGACUAAUGAUUCUCUGACAGUGACUUAGUAAGUCCACGAGAGAUUUUUUAACAGUAACCAAGUUUUCUUUCAAGUUGACUAGUGAUCAUCUAGUUAUGUCUAAAAAUGACCUAUUGCCGUCUUAAAUCAUAUUCAAUUUAACAAUGAUCACAUUUUUAAGUUGAAUAGUGAUAACUGAUGGAGGUCGAGUGUUUAUGAUCAUCUAGUAAUGUCUGACAGUGAUCUGGUGCCCUCGUAAACCCAUGAGCAAUUUUUAGCAUCGACCAAGUUUUUUUAAGUUGACUUGGAAUCAUCUAGUGAUGUCUGACAGGGACCUCGUACCCUUUUAAGUUCGCGAGAGAUUUUUUAACAGUAACCAAGUUUUCUUUCAAGUAGACUAGCGAUCCUCUAGUGAUGUCUGACAGGGACCUUGUUCCCUUUUAAUUCCAUGAGAUAUUUUUUUUUUUUAACAGUAACCAAGUUUUCUUUCAAGUUGACUAGUGAUCAUCUAGUAAUGUCUAACAGUCACAUAUUGCCCUCUUCAAUCCAAAGCGAUUUAACAAUUAUCACAUUUUCUUUUAAGUCGAGCUUUUAUGAUCAUCUAGUCAUAUCUGACAGUGACCUUGUUCCCUGGUAAGUCUAUGAGCAAUUUUAAAUAGCGUCCAUGUUUUAGAUCAACUUCUGAUUUCUGAUGGAUGUCGAGUGUUUAUGCUCAUCUAGAAAUGUCUGACAGUAUAUCUGGUGCCCUCGUAAACCCAUGAGCAAUUUUUGACAUUGACUAAGUUUUUUUUAAGUUGACUAGUAAUCAUCUAGUAAUGUCUGAAAGGGACCUCGUACCCUCUUAAGUGCACGAGAGAUUUUUUUAACAGUAACUCUUUUCUUUUAAGUUGACAAGUGAUUGUCUAGUGAUGUCUAACAGUGACCUUUUGCCGUCUUCAAUCCAUAGCGAUUUAACAAUGAUCACUUUCUCUUCAAGUCGAGUGUUUAUGAUCAUCUAGUAAUGUCUGACAGUGAUCUGGUGACCUCGUAAAUCCAUGAGCAAUUUUUAACAUUGACCAAGUUUUUUUAAGUUGACUAGUAAUCAGCUAGUAAUGUCUGAAAGGGACCUCGUACCCUCUUAAGUCCAUGAGAUUUUUUUUUUAACAGUAAAGUUUUCUUUUAAGUUAAAAUGUGAUCGUCUAGUGAUGUCUAACAGUGACCCUGUUACCCUCUUAAAUCCAAAGCGACUUAACAAUGGUCACAUUUUCUUUUAAGUCGAGGCUUUAUGAUCAUCUAGUCAUGUCUGACAGUGACAUUGUGCCUUGGUAAGUCUAUGAGCAGCUUCAAACAGUAGCCAGGUUUUAGAUCAACUUGUGAUGUCUGAUGGAUUUCGAGUGUUUAUGAUCAUUUAGUAAUGUCUGACCGUGACCUAGUUUCCUCAUAAACCCGCAAAUGAUUUUUAACAGUGACCCAAGUUUUUUUUUUUUUAUUACGUUGAUUGGUGCGUAUAGUGAUGUCUAACAAUGGCCUAGUACCCUUUUAAGUCCACUUUUAAGUCAAAAAGUGAUGUCUGACAGAGGUUAAGUCUAAGAGAUCAUCUAGUAAUGUCUGACAGUGACCUAGUGCCUCGUAAGUCCGCAACGGAUUUUUAACCGUGACCAACUUUUAAGUCAACUUGUGAUGUCCAACAGAAGUUCCUGUCUUUAUGAUCAUCUAGUAAUGUCUGACAGUGAGCUAGUUCACUGGUCAGCCAUUUUUACAAACAUUUCUAAACUUGUCAAACAACGUUCGUCAUCAGCUGACAGGAAGUUUGUUCUCAAAGGUGACACGGCAAAGAAAAGGAGCAGCAGACGACUGAGAUGCACCCGAGGCCGUUUCCGUCCCAUAUUUAGACGCUAGACGGGCGUCAUCUGUUUCCCACGUCGGGCCGCCAUCUGCUCAAAACAUUGGGACUUUUCAAAGCAACACUUUCCUACAUAUUAAUGUAUGUUUUCCAAACAUUUAUUGAUUGAUUGAUCAUUUAUUGAACCAAAAGAACAAUUUUCUACUUAAUAUAAACCUUUAGGGACCUAACAUGAAUUAUUUGGACCCAAAAUUAACAAACUUACAAAAAUGAAUCAUUUAAGACCAAAAAAGUUACCAUUAUUUAUUUAUUUAUUUAUUUAAUUAUUUUUACCCAAAAUGAAGCUUGAUGGAGCUAAUAUUAACCAUAUUAGAUCCAAAAUGAACAACCCGCAGCAAAAAUUAAUAUUUUCAGACCCAUUUUUCACCCCACAAUUUUUGACCAAAACCGAUCAUUUUUGGACCAAAAAGUAACCAUUUUUCCCCAACUCGAACUUUUACGGAUAAAAAAAAAAAAAAAAAAAACUAUGAAUUUUGGACUUAAAAAAAAACUUUCAAUAAUUAUUUGUUUCAGACAAAAACCAGCUUUAAAAAAAACCUAGCCAUUUUUGACAAAUUUACUAAUUUGGACAAAAAAAAAUGAAACACCUUUGCCCAGAGUAAACCUAAUAUUAAGAAUUUUGGAUUGAAAAUG